GUGAGCAGCUCCGUUAACAUUGGACUGCUUCAUGCAUGUCUCGGUUAAUGUGUUUUCAACACUACAGAAAGAAUGUUGCAGAUGAAAAAUCGUUUGAAAUAUUGCUCUGCUGCCAUUGCUGCGAACAGACUUGUUUCUGGAGCGGCUAAGAACCCCGUUGUGUUUAUGGAUAUUGAAGCUGACGGACAGUUAAUUGGAAGAAUUAUUAUUGAGCUUUAUGCUGAUGUGGUUCCCAAAACGGCAGAAAACUUCAGGGCUCUCUGUACAGGAGAGAAUGGCUUUGGAUAUAAAGGCUCAGUGUUCCACAGAAUCAUUCCUGAAUUCAUGUGUCAGGGUGGAGAUUUCACUAAUCAUAAUGGCACCGGUGGAAAGUCUAUUUAUGGAAAGAAAUUUAAAGAUGAGAAUUUCAAGCUGAAACACACUGGACCAGGUGUAUUGUCAAUGGCAAACUCUGGGCCAAACACAAAUGGAUCACAGUUUUUCAUCUGCACUGCAAAAACAGAAUGCCUUGAUGACAAGCAUGUUGUGUUUGGUGAGGUCAGAGAGGGCAUGGAGACCGUCUAUCUAAUGGAGUCUUAUGGCUUACAUGAUGGAGGAACUGUAAAGAAGAUUGUCAUUACAGACUGUGGAGAAAUCAAGUGAUCG